AUGAUACCUUCGCCGAAAUUUGGAUAUGCUGAUAAGCUAGCUCAAGGUCGCAACCCCCAUUUCCCUUUCGACAGCCCAAUGGCCAAUACGAGUCCCACCGAUUAUAAGAAGCUCUUUCUGCAGGCACAAGAGGAUCAGAAACAAGAAUCAAAGAGACGUGAGCAGGCCGAAGAGCGAGAGAAGCAGGCCGAAGAGCGAGAGAAGAAGCAAACAGAGCGCAAUAGACGAACGACAUUCGCUGAACUCCUCCACUUCUGCCACAGCUUACUUUCCCGACCGUUGAAAUUCGAAACCCCGUCUCGCUCGACUACAGGAACUAUACCGCUUCCCACAGGAAAAUACUGUCCCACCCGACUAGCACCAUGGACCAAUUGUGCAGCUCGACAGCAGAAAAUAUACAGCUCUGUAUGCGACUAUCUCAAGCCGACCGAGGAAGGCCGAGCUGAAUUCUUUACCCCCCUGAUUGCGCUUGAGGAGGACGGUCGACGAUUGGGUCUCCGACCAAUUAACAGUGAGCAAGGCCUCGAGAACUAUGAGCGAACCGCCGUGGAAGAUCACGUCCGUGAUAUAAUUGCAGAACUAUGCAAAAUCGACGCUGCCCGAGACGAGUUUGCGCUUGGAGAUGGAAUCUGGUUUGACAAUCACACCAACUCAUUUGAUCCGCACCGCGCUCGCGACACAAAUGCAGACCAGCCAUCAGACAUACGCCACCCCCGACCUGAUCAGUUCUGUGUUCACCGAGUCGACGGAAGCACCGACACCCUCCUCACUUCGGUCGAGUACAAGCCGCCUCAUAAGCUCCCCGUCGAAGCCCUCCGGGUGGGGCUCAGGGAAAUGGACUUGUGGGAAUACCUGGUCAGAUCAAACAAAAUUCCGACGGACCAAGCCGAGAAAUUGAGAUACAACGCAGAGCGGCUCGUGUGCUCCGCUAUCGUCCAGGAAUACCAUGUGAUGAUUCAAGAGGGACUCGAGUACUCUUAUGUCACUAAUGGGGUCGCUCGUGUCCUUCUUCGUGUUCCAUACGAUGAUCCUAGCACAUUGUACUACUUCUUCUGUGACCCGAACAGCGAACAUAGUCUCUCAGAGCCGAACACGUCCGUCGCCAGGGUUUUGUGUCUGUGUUUGAUGGCGUUCAAUUCCCCUGUUCGUGGCCAUGAAUGGAGAAAUUCUGCACGGUCACGACUUCCUUUAUGGUCAACCAGUUUCGACCACGCUCGUUCUCAGAUACCCGAGGCAACCAUGCAGCAAAUUGCUCUGCACUCCGACAGUACCAACUCGGAAUACGUGAGUCCAGAACCGAGUUCAAAUUACGAACCAUCAUCGCCUCCGCUGGAAUCUCCAACAACGGGUCGCCGCGUGACCACGAGGUCUCGAGCCAGUUGUGUGCCCUCAGAUUCCCAACACCGGUUGCAGUCGCCAGAAUCAUCAGGGUCCGAUUCCAAUCAAGCGACCGGACGCAAACGGGGCUUCAGUCAGAUCACAUCCCCCCCUUCCGCUCAACGAGCGGCUCGUCAACGCGAAUCUAGACCGGAUCAAGGCGGCCAUUCUACACCUGCUGAUACACAAUUCUGCACCCAGCGAUGUUUAUCAGGGCUGCAGACAGGAGGUAUCCUAGACGACUGUUGCCCGAACGUGAAGCUACAUCGCGGUGCUCGAGAUUCCAUGAAACACGCCAUCACCCCGGCGGAUUUGAUGGAUUUACUCAAAGCGCAGCUGGACGAGAACAUUGACCGAUGCGUCCCUCUCGGAAACUGUGGAGCGUACGGUGCGCCGUUCAAACUCACCUGUGCUAAGUCCGGCUAUGUUGUUCUAGGAAAAGGGACCACGUCGGGUCUGUGGAAAGAAGUCUCCCGGGAGGCGCAGGUAUAUCAAAUUCUGCAAAAGGCCCAAGCAGCUGCAGUACCUGUUUUCCUGGGUACCAUUGACUUAGCAAAAAUUUAUUUUCUUCAUGGGGCCGGUGAUAUACGUCACAUGCUCAUCAUGGGUUGGGGAGGGGAGAGCACUGCAACGAUGGAGCAAACCCCAGAGCUUCUUGGGCACAUUCGCAAAUCGUUCAAGGAAAUCAAAGCCUUGGGGAUCGUCCACGGAGACCUUCGAUUUGAUAACGUCCUGUGGAACAACGAGCUUGGGAGGGCGUUAAUAAUUGACUUUCACCGAUAUACAUUGAAUAAGAAGUUAAAAGCAACGCGAGCACGAGCAAAGCGAUUGCCAGUCACGCCCGCACGAGUCACGUCAGGAGAUGGAAAGCGGCGACGUGUUCUAUGA